AUGAAUCGGCCAUAUUUAUUACGCGACCUUUUUUGUCACAAACAACCAUUCCCCCCCUCUCACAUUCUUUCUCGCUCUUUCUCUUUCAUAAUCACUCUCUCUUUUUGUAGUUAUUCUCUUUGUUAUCUAUUCUCCUUCUACAACUCCCUCUUUCUAAUAAUUCAUCCUUUCUUUACUUGCUACCUUUUAUAUUACUUUUUCUAUGAUGCCACACUUCUCUCGUCACUAUCAUUUUUCACUCACAUCUAUUAUUUAUUCUUUUUUUUUCAUUCUGCGUUUUCUUAUUACCAAUUUUUAUCUAUUUUCUCUAUUGCUUUUCUUUUCUUUUUUACUUUUUUCUACUUUAUUUUUCAUUCUUUUUCUUCUCUUCGUUCAUUUAUUUUCUUCAUUCAGCUUUCUUUAUAUCAAAUCACUUCAAUCAUCAAUAUCAAUUGUGAAUCGUUAAACCACGAAGACAGAAUCAUUUUCUCAGCAUUAAGGUUUGCCAUUGAAAUUCAUGCCCCAGUAUCUGCCAUUUCACACAAUGUCCUAUUUCACGCAUUUUUUGUCUUAUUAAUUACGAAUAUUCUACUUAUUGUUUUUUUUUCAUCCAAAAAAAUUUCUUUAUCUUUCUUUCUUUCUUUUUGUCUAUCUGUUUUUCUUUUUUCUUUCUCUCGUUCGUUCUUUCUUUCUUUCUUUUCUUUAUCUUUCUUUCUUUCUUUUGUCUAUCUGUUUUUCUUUUUCUUUCUCUCGUUCGUUCUUUCUUUCUUUCUUUUCUUUAUUUCUUUCUUUUUUUGUCUAUCUAUCUGUUUUUCUUUUUUCUUUCUUUCUUUCUUUCUUUUCUUUUCUUUCUUUUUUCUUUUUUUCUUUUUCUUUUUCUUUCUUUUUUUUUCUUUCUUCUUUUUUUUUUUCUUUCUUUCUUUUUUCGUUCUUUUUUUUUUCUUUCUCUUGUUCUUUCUUUUUUUUUCUUUUUGUCUAUCUGUUUUCUUUUUUUUUCUAUCUGUUUUUUUUCUUUUUCUUUUUCUUUCUUUCUUUCUUUCUUUUUUCUUUUCUUUCUUUCUUUCUUUUUGUCUAUCUGUUUUUUUUUUCUUUCUCUCGUUCGUUCUUUCUUUCUUUCUUUUCUUUAUCUUUCUUUUUUCUUUUUUUGUCUAUCUGUUUUUCUUUUUUCUUUCUCUCGUUCGUUCUUUCUUUCUUUCUUUUCUUUUUUUCUUUCUUUUUUUUUGUCUAUCUGUUUUUUCUUUUUUUCUUUUUCGUUCGUUUUUCUUUCUUUCUUUUCUUUAUCUUUCUUUCUUUCUUUUUUUUUCUGUUUUCUUUUCUUUUUUUCUUUUUUCUUUCUCUCGUUCGUUCUUUCUUUCUUUCUUUUUUCUUUCUUUUUCUUUCUUUUUUUCUUUCUUUUUUCUUUAUCUUUCUUUCUUUCUUUUUAUCUUUUUUUUUUUUCUUUCUCUAUCUUUUCUUUUCUUUCUUUCUUUUUUUUCUUUUUUCUUUCUUUCUUUCUUUUUGUCUAUCUGUUUUUUCUUUUUCUUUCUCUCGUUCGUUCUUUCUUUCUUUCUUUUCUUUAUCUUUCUUUCUUUCUUUUGUCUAUCUGUUUUUCUUUUUCUUUCUCUCGUUCUUUCUUUCUUUCUUUUCAUUAUCUUUCUUUCUUUCUUUUCUCUAUCUGUUUUUCUUUUCUUUCUCUUUCAUUUCUUUCUGUUUUUUCUUUUUCUUUCUUUCUUUCUUUUGUCGUUUCUAUCUGUUUUUCUUUUUUUUCUUUCUUUUCUUUUUUCUUUUCUUUCUUUCUUUUUUUGUCUAUCUGUUUUUCUUUUUCUUUUCUCGUUCGUUCUUUCUUUCUUUCUUUUCUUUUCUUUCUUUCUUUCUUUUUUCUAUCUUUUUCUUUUUUUUCUAUCUUUUGUUUUCUUUUUUUCUUUUCUUUCUCUUUCUUUCUUUCUUUUUUUUCUUUUCUUUUUCUUUCUCGUUUCUUUCUUUUUGUCUAUCUCUUUUUUCUUUUUGUUUCUCUCGUUCGUUCUUUCUUUCUUUCUUUCUUUUCUUUAUCUUUCUUUCUUUCUUUUUGUCUAUCUGUUUUUCUUUUUUCUUUCUCUCGUUCGUUCUUUCUUUCUUUCUUUUCUUUAUCUUUCUUUCUUUCUUUUUGUCUAUCUGUUUUUCUUUUUUCUUUCUCUCGUUCGUUCUUUCUUUUUCUUUUUCUUUUCUUUAUCUUUUCUUUCUUUUUUCUUUUUGUCUAUCUGUUUUUCUUUUUUCUUUCUCUCGUUCGUUCUUUCUUUCUUUCUUUUCUUUAUCUUUCUUUCUUUCUUUUUGUCUAUCUGUUUUUCUUUUUUCUUUCUCUCGUUCGUUCUUUCUUUCUUUUCUUUAUCUUUCUUUCUUUCUUUUUGUCUAUCUGUUUUUCUUUUUUCUUUCUCUCGUUCGUUCUUUCUUUCUUUCUUUUCUUUAUCUUUCUUUCUUUCUUUUUGUCUAUCUGUUUUUCUUUUUUCUUUCUCUCGUUCGUUCUUUCUUUCUUUCUUUUCUUUAUCUUUCUUUCUUUCUUUUUGUCUAUCUGUUUUUCUUUUUUCUUUCUCUCGUUCGUUCUUUCUUUCUUUCUUUUCUUUAUCUUUCUUUCUUUCUUUUUGUCUAUCUGUUUUUCUCUUUUUCUUUUUUUCUUUCGUUCUUUCUUUCUUUCUUUUUGUCUUCUUUUUCUUUUUCUUUUCUUUCUUUUUUUCUUUCUUUUUUUCUUUUUUCUUUCUUUCUUUUCGUUCUGUUUUCUUUUUCUUUCUCUUUCGUUUUUCUUUCUUUCUUUCUUUAUCUUUCUUUCUUUUUUUGUCUAUCUGUUUUUUUUUUUUUCUUUCUUUCUUUCUUUCUUUUCUUUUCUUUCUUUCUUUUCUUUUAUCUUUCUUUUUUUCUUUUUUGUCUAUCUGUUUUUCUUUUUUCUUUCACUCGUUCGUUCUUUCUUUCUUUCUUUUCUUUAUCUUUCUUUCUUUCUUUUUGUCUAUCUGUUUUUCUUUUUUCUUUCUCUCGUUCGUUCUUUCUUUCUUUCUUUUCUUUAUCUUUCUUUCUUUCUUUUUGUCUAUCUGUUUUUUUCCUUUUUUCUUUCUCUCGUUCGUUCUUUCUUUCUUUCUUUUCUUUUUUUCUUUCUUUCUUUUUGUCUAUUGUUUUUUUUUUUUCUUUUUCGUUUUCUUUUUUCUUUCUUUUCUUUUCUUUCUUUCUUUUUUGUCUAUCUGUUUUUCUUUUUUUCUUUUUUCUCUCGUUCUUUUCUUUCUUUCUUUCUUUUCUUUUCUUUCUUUCUUUUUCUUUUUUUUCUAUCUGUUUUUCUUUCUUUUUUCUUUCUCUCGUUCUGUUUUCUUUUUUUCUUUCUUUCUUUUCUUUUUUCUUUCUUUUCUUUUCUUUCUUUUUUUUUUUAUCUAUCUGUUUUUCUUUUUCUUUCUCUCGUUCGUUCUUUCUUUCUUUCUUUUCUUUAUCUUUCUUUCUUUCUUUUUUGUCUAUCUGUUUUUUUUUUUCUUUCUCUCGUUCGUUCUUUCUUUCUUUCUUUUCUUUAUCUUUCUUUCUUUCUUUUUUGUCUAUCUGUUUUUCUUUUUUUUCUUUCUCAUUCGUUUCUUUCUUUCUUUUCUUUUCUUUCUUUCUUUCUUUUUGUCUUUCUGUUUUCUUUUUCUUUUCUUUUGUUCUAUUUUUCUUUUCUUUAUUUUCUUUUUUCUUUUUGUCUAUCUGUUUUCUUUUUCUUUUCUUUCGUUUCUUUCUUUCUUUCUUUUCUUUAUCUUUCUUUCUUUCUUUUUGUCUAUCUGUUUUUCUUUUUUCUUUCUCUCGUUCGUUCUUUCUUUCUUUCUUUUCUUUAUCUUUCUUUCUUUCUUUUUGUCUAUCUGUUUUUCUUUUUUCUUUCUCUCGUUCGUUCUUUCUUUCUUUCUUUUCUUUAUCUUUCUUUCUUUCUUUUUGUCUAUCUGUUUUUUUUUUUUUCUUUUUCUCUCGUUCUUUCUUUCUUUCUUUCUUUUUCUUUCUUUCUUUCUUUUUGUCUAUCUGUUUUUUUUUUCUUCUCUCGUUUUCUUUUUUUUUUUUUUUCUUUUCUUUCUUUCUUUCUUUUUGUCUUCUGUUUUUCUUUUUCUUUCUUUCUUUCUUUCUUUCUUUCUUUUCUUUAUUUCUUUUUUUCUUUUUUGUCUAUCUGUUUUCUUUUUCUUUCUUUUUCUUUUCUUUUUCUUUUCUUUUUCUUUCUUUUUGUCUAUCUGUUUAUCUUUCUUUUUCGUUUUUUCUUUCUUUCUUUUUUUUCUUUCUUUCUUUCUUUUUGUUUCUGUUUUCUUUCUUUCUUUCUUUUUUAUCUUUCUUUCUUUUCUUUCUUUUUCUUUUUGUUCUAUCUUUUUUUUCUUUUUUUUUUUCUCGUUCGUUUUCUUUCUUUCUUUUUUUCUUCUUUCUUUCUUUCUUUCUUUCUUUUUGUCUAUCUGUUUUUUUUUUUUUCUUUCUCUCUUUCUUUCUUUCUUUCUUUCUUUCUUUUUUCUUUAUCUUUCUGUUUUCUUUUUUCUUUUUGUCUAUCUUUCUUUUUUCUUUUCUUUUUCUUUCUUUUUUUGUCUAUCUGUUUUUUUUUUUCUUUUCUUUCUUUUCUUUCUUUCUUUUUCUUUUCUUUCUUUUUUCUUUCUUUUUUUUCUGUUUUCUUUUUUUCUUUUCUCUCGUUCGUUCUUUCUUUCUUUUUCUUUUCUUUAUCUUUCUUUCUUUUCUUUUUGUCUUCUGUUUUUUUUUCUUUCUCUCAUUUCUUUUUUCUUUUUUUCUUUUCUUUCUUUCUUUCUUUUUUCUUUUUUUCUUUUUCUUUCUCGUUUUUCUUUCUUUCUUUUUUCUUUAUCUCUUUCUUUCUUUUUUCUUUCUGUUUUCUUUUUCUUUCUUCUUUCUUUCUUUUCUUUUUUCUUUUCUUUCUUUUCUUUUUUUGUCUAUCUGUUUUUCUUUUUCUUUCUCUCGUUCGUUCUUUCUUUCUUUCUUUUCUUUUCUUUUUUCUUUCUGUUUUUUUUUUUCUAUCUUCGUUUUUUCUUUUUUCUUUUCUUUCUUUCUUUCUUUUGUCUAUCUGUUUUUCUUUUUCUUUCUUUCUUUUCUUUUUUCUUUUCUUUUCUUUCUUUUUUUUUUGUCUAUCUGUUUUUUCUUUUUCUUUCUCUCGUUCGUUCUUUCUUUCUUUCUUUUCUUUUUUCUUUUUUCUUUUUAUCUGUUUUUCUUUUUCUUUUCUCGUUCGUUCUUUCUUUCUUUCUUUUCUUUAUCUUUUUCUUUCUUUCUUUUUGUCUAUCUGUUUUCUUUUUCUUUCUCUCUUUCGUUUUUCUUUUUUCUUUCUUUUUCUUUCUUUUUUUGUCUAUCUGUUUUUUUUUUUCUUUUUCUUUCUCUCUUUCUUUCUUUUCUUUCUUUCUUUCUUUUCUUUUUUUCUUUCUUUCUUUCUUUUUUUGUCUAUCUUUUUUUUUCUUUUUUUUUCUCUCGUUUUCUUUCUUUUUCUUUCUUUCUUUUCUUUAUCUUUCUUUCUUUCUUUUUUUGUCUAUCUGUUUUUCUUUUUCUUUUCUCGUUCGUUCUUUCUUUUUUUUCUUUCUUUUUCUUUAUCUUUCUUUCUUUCUUUUUUGUCUAUCUGUUUUUCUUUUUUCUUUCUCGUUUCUUUCUUUCUUUCUUUCUUUUCUUUAUCUUUCUUUUUCUUUCUUUUUGUCUAUCUGUUUUUCUUUUUCUUUCUUUCUCUCGUUCGUUCUUUCUUUCUUUUUCUUUAUCUUUCUUUCUUUCUUUUUGUCUAUCUGUUUUUCUUUUUUCUUUCUCUCGUUCGUUCUUUCUUUCUUUCUUUUCUUUAUUUCUUUCUUUUCAUCAUAA